AUGAAGUUCCUCCAAUCGCUGAGCACAUGUGUGCUCGCACUCUCCUCCCUUGUUAGCGCAGCAAGCUUCAGCAACCCACUCAGGCAGAAGGAUGGCUCAGACCCGCACAUUGCCUGGAGCGGUGGCUACUAUUACAUGAUGACAACGACAUGGACAAACUUGUCAAUUACGAGGGCGAAGACGCUGGGAGGCUUGAAGACGGGAGAGACAAAGGUUGUUUGGACCGACUCGAACCCAGACAGGUGCUGCAACAUGUGGGCACCUGAGCUGCACUACCUCGAUGGUGCUUGGUACAUCUACUACACUGCCGGUCGCAAUGGCGUCGACAACUUGGACCUUCAGCGUCCUUACGUGCUUAAGGGUGGUGCGGAUCCCUUCGGCACAUACACCUACCUUUCCCAGCUUACCAACGUGUGGGGUAUCGAUGGCUCUAUCGUCCGCUUCAGCAAAUGGGGUAACUACUUUACCUGGUCUUGCAUGUCCGGCUCACUCCAAUCACUCUGUAUCGCACCCAUGACCUCACCCGGCAAGAUCGGCGCCACUAAAAUCCUCUCCACACCUACUGAAUCCUGGGAAAGGAACGGCAGCCCUGUCCAGGAAGGCCCCAUUGCCAUGUAUCACGGCGGCAAGACAUACAUCGCUUACUCGGCAAGCUUCUGCUGGACACCCAACUACAGCUUGGGCUUGCUCACCUGGAACGGAUCUGGUGACCCAGCACUCAGUGCAAGCUGGAAGAAGAGCAGCGGUCCUGUCUUCACUAAUGCUAAUGGAAACUACGGCCCUGGUCACAAUGGAUUCUUUACCAGUCCCGAUGGCACCGAGAUCUGGAACGUUUACCACGCUACUGCUAUCACAACCGGAGCUUGCGAUGGUAACAGGUACACAAUGGCGCAGAAGGUCAACUGGAACGCUGACGGCACUCCAAACUUUGGAACCCCAGUAAGGCCGGGUACCACGAUUGCCGGACCUUCUGGCGAGUAA